UAUCCAACGCAGAAGACGACGUAGUAGUAGAGAGCAGCAUGAUGGGCGCGCAGCCGCCAUGUCACCCAGAGAAAGAAAAGUAGUACUACUUUCUGCCUUAGGCAUAGUCAGUCUUUCGCUUUAUUUCUUCCCCUCUUGUCUAUACAUUGUUGCAACUCUUGUGGUUUGUGGCGGCGCGUUCGUCUUGCGUCGCGGAAAGCCGCUUCCCGCCAGAUUAGGCCUCAAUCCUCGGACUGGAUUUAGCGCUCCAGCCGGCUACCUGCGCCGCUUUUGGGACUGGUGGCUGAGCGACGUUUCGGUGGUGUCGCGGAGAACAACGCUCGACGUCUGCCGACGUGACCCACGCGGGUCGUCGCUGGGAGCUUUCAGACAAAGGCCGGCCGGCGCUGCGAUCCAUCGCGGGGGGCACAUACCUAGCAACGCGUGUCUUUUUAGCCCCGGGGACGUUCUCAUGGGAAGCUACAUUGGCAAACCAGAAAGUCCGACCGGCGACUUCGGGAUGCCCAGAGUGGUCCGGAACCCCCGGGAGCAACUGCGGGAAAUGUUGUCCAGACCUAACCAUGCUGUCUGCACCCCGAACCGGAGGCUCUCGUUUACCAGGGAGCCGUCGGGCACAGUGGGACACUUCACCAUCACCCCCCAGCGGCACUACCCGCUUCAACAGCCAGGCGCCGCUCCGGUGGGGGUCCUGCCUCCCGUUAGGUGGGAUGGCUUCAGGAAGAAGAGCAUCCUCUCGCCUCGGAAUUCACUGGCUGCUCAUAGUCCGGUUACUGUCAAAAUCGCUCGGCCCGACCACAGCGGCCCCAGUUUGGAGCACCCGAGCUGCGCGGCUGUGCCCAAGGCCCCCGAGGACCCCUGCUCCAGAGAAAGCGUGCUAAAGGUGUUAAAGGAUAGCCGCAAGCGAGAGGUCGACGAUGCAGAUAGAAGCUUCACUGCUGAGCAGAGAAGCAAGAGAAGGCGUAACGACAGCGGAGGAAGCGCCCACUCAGCUUUUGAGCCCCUCUUGCCCAACGGAGCGCCACUGCAACUGGUCCCCAAACCAGGAAGCCUAAAACGAGGGAUGAUAUCAGCAGCGGAAGAGUCCACCUUCAAGAGGUCCCGCACCUCAUCCAUCAGCUCUGCCAGUGGAGCGCACGCCCCUGGAGGCACACCGGGUUCCAAUAGAAACCCCAUCCAAAGCUCCUACAGCUCUUCAGUGGGCCUCGCGCAGUUCAAGAAGCCAUCUGCGCAGAGCUCGCCCAUGUCCAGCCCUGGUUCGUCUCGUUCGCAGACACCAGACAGAACCGCCAAGAGGCCGAGAGAGGAUGACGGCCUUUCUCCCGGCCCGGCGUCCUCCCCGCCAUCAGAAAGGGCCGCGUCGGACAAAGUGCCCGAUGCGCCCAAACAGAGUCCAGUGCCCAAGGUCCCAGCCACGAGCUCAAUAAACUUCGCCGGCAGUGGUGGAAAGCGAAAGCGUAGGAUCCAGCUCGUGUCCAGUAAGCGGGAUGACCAAAUUUCACUCCCCCCACCACCUGAGCUGGGCUACACCAUCACUGUGAAGGAUCUGGAUGAAGAGAAGGCAGCAGCCAUGAGCAAGAUCCAGAAAGUUCUGGAGCCACCCGUUGCUGAACCACAAAAGUCCUCCAGCCCUUCAUUGACCUCCAUCGCACCUGCCUCGUUGACCACCUCAGCCCCAAUGAGCGCCAGCGUGAUCUCCGGCACACUCACCCUGAGCAGCCUCCUGGCUGCCCCUCUGCCCAAACCCUGCAGCACUGCUCCCUCUGUCAUCGCUCCGGAUACCGAGCCAUCCCCUGCGCUUUCGAACCCACUCCUAGAGGCUCUGAAAAUGAAGAGUCCUACGAGCUGUGCAUCAGCUGCCGGCGCCACCACAGUUUCAACAUUGACGUCCCCGGUACCGCCGGGUGUCUCAAGCCUGAAGGCGCAGCCCGUAGCUAACGCCCUGAAGCCGUGGCCCGUCUCCCAGUCUCAUCCUGCUCGUAGCAGCGUGGACCAGACCUCUGCCUUCACUCAAGUCCCAGGCCAGGUUUCCAAGGCCGCCAGCGGCGCUCCCUCAUUACCUCCCGCUGGCCCGUUAACAUCGUCGAGCCAGCUCGGCGGUGUUCCCGCUGCGUGCGCUCCUAAGCCCCCCCUGGUCACGACCGCCGUGCUCAGUCACUCCAACCCUCUGCCGGCCUCAGGUUUCAAACCCAUCUUUGCCGUCGCCACCUCCGCCCCGUUAAUUGUAACGAGCCUAGAGAGCAAACCUACGAUCCAAAACUUCAACCCUAGUUUUGGAAGUAGCUCCGCCACAGCGGGCUUUGCCACCGCCGCCACAUCCACAACAGUCUCAGGUACGGCAGGAGCCACCAUUGCUCCACCGUCAUGCGCAACCUCCGCCACAACGUCAGGGGCGGUUUCUUUAACUUGUUCAUUAUUUGGAUCCUCAUCAACAAGUAGCACCGUUGCUUCUUCGCUCUUCCCUGAAGUGGCCUCCACCGCAGCCGCCACCUCAGGCUCCACCAGCAGCACGACCCCCGCAGCCCAGCCGUCCACAAAAUCCAUCUUCGGAACCUGGUCGGCACCACCCUCAAUGAUCGCAAGUGCCACCUCAGCGCUAGCUUCUACGCCGGGAUUUCAGUUUGGAGCCGGAGCCUCCACAACUCCUGUGGCCGCCAUUCCCGCCCCCACCUCCACGAGCGCCUUCACAUUUGGAGCUGCACAGCCAACAUCUCAAGUCGCCGGCCAGAAGGUGUUUGCCUUUGGUCAGGCCACAGUCAGUCAAAACACAAGCACGGCUUCGUUCGGAGGUUUGGCGAUGGCCGCCGCUGCCCCUGCAUCUGCGGCCAACGCGGCCAACGACGGUGCCGCUGGCCCCACGACCCAGCCCACGUUCACUUUUGGAAAGUCGUCCUUUCAAGCCCCGGGGCCCCAGUCGAGCUUCGGCUCCACGCUCGUUGCACCUAAGCCGUUUACCUUUGGCGGCGGGCCAGCUGCACCCGCUUCCAACGCGAUGCCUUUCAACUUUGGGGCACCUGCCACCUCUGCCGCGGUACCGUCAGCUUUUGUCACGCCAAGCAAACCAGCGUUUGGAGGUGCCUCAACCGCCUUCGCUUUCGGCCAGGCCGCUCAGACUCCCGGCGCGUCAUCCUUCACGUUUGGUGGCGGCGGUCCACAGCAGACACCCUCGGGCCCUGCUCCACCACCAGCAUCCGGCGGCUUUAACUUUGGCGCUACCAUUUCGCAACCGCAGUUCGGGACACCUGUCGCCAAUAAGAUGGGAGGCUUCAAUUUCGGGGCUGCCGGCACAUCCACUCCCAAUUUCCGUCAGAGCCCCGCCACAGCCAUUGGUCCAAUUCCUUUUGGAAAUGCCAGCGCGCCGGUCCAGGCUUUCAAUGCUGCUCCUUUUGGUUCCCAAGCAACUCCUUCCUUCUCCAUCGGGGCGGGCUCAAAGCCGAGCGGUGUGCGGCAAAGACUGCAAGCGCGGAGGCAGCACAACAGGAAGAAGUGAUCUCGUGCCAGUUGAGGAGCUUUUAAGAGGAUUCAGGUCAUCGCUGCUUUGGCUUUCCCAAUCUCUCCAAACAAGAGCGCCACCGACACCCUCGGCUCGCCUCAUUGGCAGAGGAUACAGAAAGCCGCCCGGAGUCCAGACGACUGACUCCUUGUACUCUAAAGACACAAUGGGCGUGUGCUUGAGGAAAAGUGCUUUCAAAUCAUAUCCAUUGUUGUUUUGGACACGGUCUUAAGGAGAAUGCAGAUGUUUAUUUUUCUAUGCAGUCAUUUGUAUGUUGGCCGACCUUAUCCUCGCACGGUUCGGACAGAUGAUGGCGGAGACAGACGCAAACGCAGCGAUGCGGUUUUCUUUUUUUAAUUUAUUUUUCUGCAGCCUGCGCUCAUAUGCGGCCAUGUCUGCACAUAAAGGACAAUUGAGAAGAUGGUCUUACUGCUUUGCCAUAGUGCUUCUUAACUGCAAACAUUCCUGAAAACAAUUCUCCGAGGGGGUGCAUUCCUUUUUAUUAAAGACACUGAACAGCCCCAAUAAAUAACUUACAAGCAAGCAGCCAGUGGGCCAUAUCCACUGCUAGA